AUGCUUCUCCUUUUCCUGAGCCUGUUGGCUGGGACCUGCCUCUCCUCUCUUGUACAGGAGAAGAAUCCUGAGUACUGGAGAGCACAGGCACAGCAGACCCUUCACCAUGCCCUGGAGCGCCAGAAGCUCAACACCAAUGUAGCCAAGAAUGUAAUUUUGUUUCUGGGGGAUGGAAUGGGGGUGUCGACUGUGUCUGCUGCCCGGAUCCUCAAAGGCCAACUUCACCACAUGUCUGGCGAGGAGUUCCAGCUUGAAAUGGAAAAGUUUCCCUUCUUGGCUCUGUCCAAGACCUACAACACUAAUGCACAGGUUCCUGACAGUGCUGGCACGGCCACAGCCUUCCUCUGUGGGGUAAAGAGCAAAAAGGGCACUGUGGGUGUGAGUGCUGCCGUCACCCAAUCACAGUGCAACACCACAAAGGGCAAUGAGAUCACCUCGAUCUUACGCUGGGCCAAGGAUGCUGGAAAAUCUGUUGGCAUCGUAACCACCACUCGAGUAAACCAUGCUACGCCCAGUGCUGCCUAUGCACACUCUGUGGACAGGACUUGGUAUUCUGACAAUGAGAUGCCCUCUGAGGCCUUGGGCCAGGGCUGCAAGGACAUAGCCCACCAGCUGAUGCACAACAUCCCAGAUAUUGAGGUAAUCAUGGGUGGAGGCAGGAAAUACAUGUUUCCUAAGGACACUCCUGAUGUGGAGUAUGGGAAUGAAAAGAAGGCAAGAGGGACAAGACUAGAUGGGCAGAAACUCAUCAAUGUUUGGAAGGAUAAGAAGCCUCAGAACAAGAAUGCCUACUAUGUCUGGAACCGCAGGCAGCUGCUGAAACUGGAUUUGAACCAUGUGGACUUCCUUCUAGGUCUCUUUGAGCCAAAGGAUAUGAAGUAUGAACUUAAUAGAAACCAACGGACAGACCCAUCACUGACUGAGAUGGUGGAAGUGGCUAUCAAGAUCCUGAGAAGGAACCCCAAGGGCUUUUUCCUGCUGGUAGAAGGAGGUAGGAUUGACCAUGGCCACCACGAGGGAAGGGCCAAGCAAGCACUGCAUGAGGUGGUGGAGAUGGACCGGGCCAUUGGACGAGCUGGAGCCCUGACCUCCUUGGAAGACACACUAACUGUGGUCACGGCAGAUCACUCCCACGUCUUCACAUUUGGUGGCAAUGCUCCCCGUGGGAACUCCAUCUUUGGGCUUGCCUCCUACCUGAGUGACAUAGACAAGAAACCCUUCACCUCUCUCCUGUAUGGAAAUGGACCUGGCUAUAAGGUGGUAGCUGGUGAGAGGGAGAAUGUUUUUGCUGUGGAUUAUGCUAAUAAGAACUACCAGGCCCAGUCUGCAGUGCCUCUGAGCAUCGAAACCCAUGGGGGUGAAGAUGUGCCUGUGUUUUCUAAGGGCCCUAUGGCUCAUCUCCUUCAUGGCAUCUUUGAACAAAACUACAUUCCACAUGCUAUGGCCUAUGCAUCAUGCAUUGGGUCUAACAAAGACCAUUGCCCGCCCGCCGCCGCGGCGUCCUCAGCCGCUGCAGCGCCACUGGCGCUGUCCCUGUCCGCGGCGGCGGCGGAGAAGCGGGGACUAAAUGCUCUAGCUGCUUGCUGCCGCCGCGGCUUAGAGGGGAGCCGGAGGGAAGCGGGCGUAACGGUCCGAACGCAGCUGUGUCCCGGCCGGGACGGGACGAGUGGAACAGGGUGA